ACAUUUUGUGAACGUGGAGGCGCGUUGCCCAGCAAUGUCAAAAAACACCGGUUUUAUAUUUAUCUCCGUCGUUGUCUUGUUGACAGUUUUCCAGAGCGUUUUUUCUGUCACAUUAAUUGUUUCUUGUCGUUCCGUUGUAAACCUUUUAACUUUGGUAUUGACAAGAUGUAUUCAGACAUGAUAUAAAUGUGCAAAACGAAUUAAAUUAUAUUUCCAAUUGGCUUGAUAUUUUUCUGAAUAUUUAAGUGAUGAAUUUAUAACCUUCUCCAUUUAAUUUUUAUGAAAUACACUUUUAAAAGUUCUUCACAUAUUAUAUUACAAGCAUUGAAAACAAUACGUCAGGAUAUGUGAAUUUCGAGAUGUCUGCAGAUUACGGCGACAGAUAUGUAUUUGAAGCUGAAUGGUAUGACCAAGUCGCUUGUGUGCUGAAGAAAUUUUAUCUGUAUUAUUAUCCAUCUGAUAAUACUGUCGAAUUGUUUGACUUAAAAACAAGGAAGACUUUUCUAAGAAGAACAACAUGUGAAGGCAUUAAGGCUAAAGAUUUUUACGUCGGUACUGUAAUAACAAUAUUUUCAAGAUGUAUCAAAAUUAUGGGUUACGCAGACGCCUGUACCAAAACCAAAUUAGAAACUCAAAUGCAAAAAGUUUUUGUACUUUUGAAACCAGAUGUUAUUGACAAAAUGGGUGAAAUAUUAAAAGCCAUUGUAAAUUAUGAUUUUCAUAUCACAAAUAUAAAAAUGAUAAGAUUAACUCCAAAUGAUAUCGAAGAAAAUUGUCUGGUAAAGGACGAAGUCGAUAAGACGUCUGUUAUAAAUUAUCUUAUUUCUGGCCCUGUCGUUGCUUUAGAAUUAUUAGGAGGAAAUGGUAUAACGAGAUGGCAAGAACUAGCAGGCCCAGAAGAUAGUAAGCAUGCUCUUUCAACAGCAGCAUCUUCAUUAAGAGCUUGCUAUGGAAAAAACGAGAUACAUAAUGCUGUGUAUGGAUCCAAAGAUACCGAAACAGCAAUGCAGGAAUUGCAAUACUUCUUUCCUAAUUCAAAAAGUAAAAAUAAAGGCUUUAAAAACACUGCAACCCUACAAAACUGUACCUGCUGCAUCAUCAAGCCACAUGCUGUACAGGAAAAAUGUCUUGGUACCAUUAUCGAUGACAUUCAAAAAGCAGGCUACAUAAUCACUGCAAUACAACAGUUUUAUGUCAAUCCAAUUAACUCGGAGGAAUUUUUAGAAAUAUACAAAGGUGUUCUUCCUGAAUAUACUGCGAUGGUAGCAGAACUACAAUCUGGUCCAUGCAUUGUUGUGGAAGUGAGCCGUAAAGACGAAAGUCCUGACAUCGUUGCUGAUUUCAGGAAUUUAUGCGGUCCAAUGGAUCCGGACAUUGCGCGGCAAAUCAGACCGAAUACGCUUAGAGCCAAGUAUGGGAAAACGAAAGUACAAAACGCUAUACACUGUUCCGACUUACCGGAAGACGGCAUAUUAGAGGUUGAAUAUUUUUUCAAGAUACUCGAUGGAAACUGAACAAUCAAAUAUAUCGUGCAUAUAUAAAAAAUAAUUAGAUUAACGAUUAUUAAAUUAUUUGAAAUAUUAAAACUCAAAAUAUUUAUAUACAUUGAUGUAUAUAUAAAAUAAAUAGAUUUUUUAAAUGAAACAAUAUCAACUCAAAUGUAUACAUUCUCAUAUUUAUAGACAUAAAAGUUCUAUAAUCGCUUGAGGUUGUAAUAACUUUUAUAUAAAAUUGUCGUUUAUAAACGUUUAUAUUUUCAGUGAUUAAAAUAGGCACGAAGGGCAUUGUUUUUAAUCGGAAAAUUCAUUCAAACUUUAAUGUAUUUAAAC